CUUCGCCUCACUUCACUAGGGUACAUGGCUUGAGACGCCACGUGCUCCUACUGACUGGACACAAUUACAAUAAAUAAAUUGUCAUGGACGAAGAAAGAAAAAAUAGUAAGGCUGAUGGCUCAGCACCUGAAAAUGGGGACACCGAACCCAGCAGUCACUUUGAGGAACGCAAGGACAGCGUGUUCAACAAGCCAAUAGACCUGGACUAUGUGCUAGUGAACGAAAUAGGCCAGUUUGGCCGCUACCAGAUGUUCAACUUGCUGCUCGUAUCCGUCCCCAUCAUCAUGUCAGCCUUUAUGAGCGAGUACAUCUUCUCUGCGGCCGCUAUCCCGCACAGAUGUCGAGUGCCAGAAUGUGGAGAAACGACUAAACUUGAGCAAUUCGAUCCUGACUGGGUUCUUGAUGCAAUUCCUGCGGCUGAUAACAACAAUGGUUUCGUGAGCUGCGCGCGAUAUACGCCUACUUACAGCAACGGCUCCUUGGACUACUGUCCCGCCUAUCUAUUUUCAGAGAACCAACAGAGUUGUGACAGCUACGUCUACGCUAGAGACAAUUCCUGUGUUUAUGACUUCGAUUUGGGUUGUCAAGAUUGGCUCCGUGCUUUAGCUGGUACCCUGAGUAGCGUGGGUACUUUACUGGUGCUGCCCAUCGCCGGUUACAUCUCCGAUACGUUUGGAAGGCGCGUGGCGCUUGUGAUCAGUGUUGUCAAUUUGGCUCUCUUUGGUAUCAUUAGAGCCUUCUCCGUCAACUAUCCCAUGUACCUGGCCUUCCAGUUGUUGCAAACUACCUUUGGUGCCGGAACUUUCAGCUCUUCUUAUAUCUUUGCUACGGAGUUCGUCGGGCCUAAGUACCGAGUGCUGACAAGUGCCACCUGUUCUUCUAUGUUCGCCGUCGGUCAGGUGAUAUUGGGAUCCGUAGCCUGGGUUGUCCAGCCUUGGAGAUAUAUGAUCCUUGCGCUACACAUCCCUUGCUUUAUUAUCAUCGCAUACUACUGGAUUUUACAAGAGAGUGUGAGGUGGCUGCUGUCUCAAAAGAAGUAUGAUCAAGCUAAAGAUGUACUGCAGCGAGUCGCGAAACGGAACCGAAAACAGAUCAGUGAGAAGUCUUUACAUGCGUUGAUGAACCCUCCCGAGCCUGUGAAGGUGGUAGAGGACGGGAAUGAGCCAAACCUCUUCCAAGCCAUUUUCCGGUCGGGUGUGCUGCUGCGACGUGUCUGCACCACUCCCAUCUGGUGGAUCACCACCACUUUCGUGUACUACGGCCUGUCCAUUAACGCCACCAGCCUGUCGGACUCCAUGUACUUGAACUACAUCCUGACUUGCGCCAUUGAGAUCCCUGGCUUCUACACGGCUGUGCUCAUCCUCGACAGGAUCGGCAGGAAGCCCACACUGUCUGGCGGCUUCCUUUUCAGCGCCGUCUGCAACAUCGCCUUCGCUGUUAUACCCAAUGACCUGUCGACGCUGCGUCUGAUUGUGUACCUUUUCGGUAAGUUCGGUAUCUCGGUAGUGUUCACAUCGCUGUACCUGUACACCUCGGAGCUGUACCCCACACAGUACCGGCACCGACUGCUGGCCUUCUCCUCCAUGGUGGGCCGCAUCGGCUCCAUCACCGCACCACUCACACCAGUGCUCAUGAACUACUGGGAAGGUAUACCAUCCGUGAUGUUCGGUGCCAUGGGUAUUCUGUCUGGUAUCCUGGUGCUGACGCAGCCGGAGACACUGGGCACAAAGAUGCCUGACACCCUCGCGGAAGCAGAGGCCCUCGGCAAGCCAGAAUCUAAAUUAAACACCUGAAAACAUACUCAAUGUACCUUAACACUAGAUGUAAGAAUAACUUCAGUUCUACAUUACUUCAUACCAUAAUGUAAUUUAAUUGAUAAAAGGUAUGAUUGUCUUACUUGAAAUAUAAUGACAAUUUAAAGACUGAAAACCAAUUCUUAUCAAAAUGAAGACAAGGCAACAUUUUCAAUGUAGAACUAGGGAAAAUAAUAAUAAUAAUUUAACGCCAUAAAAUCAUAGCGAUAGAGGCAUAGAUUAUAAAAAACAUUAUUUAUUUAAAAUGAUAAAUGUGUACCUUUCUUAGUCGAUAGUUAAACAGUUUUAUAAAUAAACAUUAUUACAUUAAUUAAUGAAAGAUUUUGGAUAAUGUAUUGUAUUCAAUAACGCAUAGCAUGUAAUUCUACCAAAUUCUACCGUACUCUUUGAUAUCAAUUACAAUUCGUACAAAACUGUCGUGCAAACUGUUACCUUACUGUUUUGUAAUAGAAUAUAUAAUCUGCAACACUUACUUCUCUCUUAGUAAUGUAUGUACUAUGUACUCAUUUAUGUAUAGUAGUUAAGUUAUAAUAAAAUAUUAUGUGAUAUAAUGUA